AUGCCUGGGCUACAGCUCCCACGCGCGGCCUUUGAGCCUAUCUCUCCAGAUCUGGAUUAUACAGAAUUGGUCGAGUCCACGCCCAACUUCGAACCAGUAACGCGGAUUCAUUGCGACGCGAUCGAAGAACAAGGGAUUGAGAGUUUUCAGAAGUUAGUACAGUUUCAUGUCAUUAGGGCAGGGAAGCCUCUUGUUGUAGAGGGUUACGGGAGCCGAUUGGAGAAAUGGAUUUUUUCUCCGCGCUGGCUCAAAGACAACCAUGGCAGCAAGGUCGAAAUCGCGAGAGACCUCACCCAGAAGUCAAAUGUACCGCUAACUAUCCAGCACUAUCUUUCCAGUAUGCCUGCCCUCACUGACCAGUUCAACGCAACCAAUUACAAAGAUUCCAGCCGUCAACGUAUGUACAUGAAGGACAUUGAUUGUCCUCCAGUCUGGCACGAGAAGCUACGGUCUCUCCUUCCACCAUUUCUUUAUUACAUGAAUGAGUCGGUUGCGACUGGCGAAGGAGAGGUGGCACCCGCUGGUGACCUGAUGAGUAGCCUCCCCGAUGAAAUGAGGGCAUUGAAUAUGAUGUGCUAUAUUGGCCACGAGGGUACCUACACCCCUGCCCAUCAGGAGAUGUGCGCUACUCUUGGGCAUAAUAUCAUGGUCGAAGCAUCAACUGGGGCCGUGGAAGAUGGGAAACCGACGAAACCUGGCUCCUCGAUUUGGUUCAUGACCGAAUCUAAUGAUCUCAAGGUCGUCUCAGAGUACUGGCUGUCGACGUUAGGACAUGAUAUUGAAAUUGAAGAUCAUUUUGCACAGAUCAAUGCCUGGAAAUCUGCGCCUUUUAAAACUUGGAUUGUUGAACAGAAAGUCGGUGACUUCAUUUUAAUUCCACCACUUGCACCACAUCAGGUAUGGAAUAGAGGCACCCGUACGAUGAAAGUGGCAUGGAACAGGACAACUGUUGAAACACUUACUCGUGCUUUGAAUGAUGCACUACCCCGUGCUAGAAUGGUGUGCAGGGACGAACAGUAUAAGAACAAAGCAAUUAUUUACUUCUCACUCAAGAAAUAUUCGAACCUCCUCAAAAAGGCAACCGCUGGCCAAGGCUUGAGAUAUCCCAGCUUGAUAGCAGAUUUUAAGCGCCUAUUUGCGCUAUACACACAGAUUCUUUUAUCGGAGAGCUUUUCUACACAGUUACCGGAACCUAAGAAUGUCGAGCUUGUCCCGUUUUCAAGGAAAUUUCCGGAUGGGGAGGAAGACACAUACGAUGUAUGCAUGGACUGUUUUGUUAUGGGUCGAAGCUGUGCCUGCAUCUCUAAGCUUAAGUGGGUGGAGCAAUUCCGCUGGAAAGAUCUCAUUCGGGACCACGAACAUUGGAGGAAUCAAAUCGCUACAUUUGCUCCUCAUAAGAAGGGCAAGCGUGAUAAGGAUAAUUUUCAGCCUCUUGCAGUCGAGCAAGAAGGGUAUGGGAAGAAGACUCUAGCAGAAAUCUGUCAGGUAGAAUUGAAACGCCGUCCUUGGAGAGACAUCACGAAACCUAUCAAAGAUGGCAUUGAUGAUGAGGGUAACAGAGAGUCAGAUCGAAAACGGCGAAAGAUUUCCAAAGCUGAAAAACAUAAGUAUAGUCGGUGUCAUAUCUGUGGCCCAACAUUAAACUGGAAGCUCGAGACAUGUUCCCAGUGCAAUUUACAAUGGUGCUACGGCAGCCUUUACAGAGCAUUCGACAUCAUGCCGAUGUCAGUGUUGGAGUUGCGGAGCUGGAAGUGUCCGCGGUGCGAAAAAAUGUGUCCCUGUGCAAGUUGCAAGCGUCGUGACCCAACCAUCAAAGGAUAUGUACCAACCGAAACUCGAAUUGGCCAUGAUACUAAGAAGAUUGCGGAUAUCAGAAGUGUAGAGUCUUUGGUGGAUUUUAGCCAUUCCAACCUGUUUUGGCUUAAAAAAUCGGGCGAACACCCUGAAGAAUCACAAGGCAGCCGCAGGAUGCAAUUAAGGAUAGAAGAAGCAGAGAAGGCUAAAAUGGAUGAUCCAGUUCUGGAUGAUCACGAUUCUGAUGACGGCGAGAUGCGGGUAGAUGGGAACGAAAAUAACAUAUCCAACCUGGAUGAAAGCCUAAUAGAUCCGGCCCUUAUGGACAUGGGCCAUCAAACAGGCUUUGUCGUUCCCGUAAAUGCCGUUUUCCGUGAAGACAUGACGGACCGUUACCAGCCUACUGAAGGCAUUACCUUUGAAUACCCUGAGCCAGACCUGCCAAAUGAGCACAGUACAGCGCAAGAACCCUUCGUUGAUUCAAAUCUUCAGCCUAACGGUUUGGUGCCAGAACCAGCCAAGGAUGGCGACCUAGAUGAGGACGAACCUGGAGAUCUUCCCAUCGACCCUAGUCUGGAAGAUAAUACUAGUACUAAGAGAAGACGCGGGGUUGAAGUCGAUGAUGACUUCACCCCUAGUCGACGAUCCUAUUCCCGCAUUAACUUUUCUGGAGCCCGGAAGGUUGCAACAAGACGGAGUCAACUUCAUCCCAUACACGCCGAUGAACCUGAAGGAUCUGCUAGCGAUCAGAGUGAGACCGGAGAUGCGCUUGAAGAGCAACAUUCACGGGCUAUGCUACGCCCUCGAACUUCGCGGCCUUCUAUAAAGACGGUCAAAGGGUCAACGGUAACUGCUUCGAAAUCCAAAGCGCCCCAAGUUGCUGAAAAGGGCAGUGAGGGAACUCAAGCUAAUCAUGUAAACGAAUCAAUGCCUGCUCCACGACAGGGGCCUGAAUUAGUGGACCCCAGCCUUGAUAUGAAAAGUCCAGCUAAGCUGGCUGCAAAAAACAAGGCGGCCAAACUCCAGGCGAUGGGCCGGAUAGAAGAUGACGAGAACGACGGAUGGGCGUAG